GCAAUAACCUAUACCUCCUCACGCUUCUUCAUGAACCUCGGGGAGCUCGUUUCUGCCCUGAAUGACUUUGCAUCCCUCUCUCUGGCUGAAAGCUGGGACAAUGUGGGGUUGCUGGUGGAACCAAGCCCUCCCCACACUGUGAACACCCUUUUCCUCACUAACGAUCUCACUGAGGAGGUGAUGGAAGAGGCCGUGCAGAAGAAGGCAGACCUUAUUCUUUCUUACCACCCUCCUAUAUUCACACCCCUCAAAAGGGUGACGUGGAAGACCUGGAAAGAACGGCUGGUGGUCCGAGCCUUGGAGAACAGAAUCGGGAUUUACUCUCCACAUACGGCAUACGAUGCCAUACCUCAUGGAGUCAAUAACUGGCUCACAAAGGGACUUGGUGCCUGUGCUGCCACCCCACUGCAUCCAUCAGCUGCACCAAGCCAUCCAGCUGAGGGCACUCACCGGGUAGAAUUCUGUGCAAACAACACUGAGCAUCUGGACACAGUGCUGUCCAAAAUCAAAACCAUCCAAGAGAUCUCCUGUCUUGCUACUCUUCCUGCCAGGGUUGAAGGUGAGGAGCAAACACGAGUCAGUUUGAACUGUUCUCAGAAAGCACUGUUGGAGGUGGUGGCGUUACUGUCCCAGGACAACCUUUAUCACAAGACCGAGGUUCUCUUACUACAAAAGCCUCUUCUUCCCCAUACCGGAAUGGGACGUCUGUGCACGCUGAGUGAGCCAGUCUCUUUGUCAGACAUAAUUGAGCGUGUUAAGAACCACCUAAAAUUACCCCAUGUCCGCUUAGCCAUGGGAGCAGGCAAGACCCUAGAAUCACCAGUAAAGAAAGCUGCUCUGUGUGCUGGUUCUGGGAGCAGUAUCCUGAAAGGAACAGAAGCAGACCUCUAUCUCACAGGAGAGAUGUCCCACCAUGACGUUCUGGAUGCAGUUGCCAAUGGAAUAAGUGUUAUCCUGUGUGAGCACAGUAACACUGAGCGAGGCUUCUUGUCAGAGCUGCGUGACAUGCUAGCUAUCCACCUACUGAACAAAGUCAACAUAAUUGUGUCUGAGAAAGACAAAGAUCCCCUCCAGGUGGCAUAAGGGAAAAAGGAGAGAAUUCAGUUAAGAGUUUCAUGAUGUCAACUGCAAGCUUAAUGAAGAUGCUCUGAACUGAUUCAGAACAGAAGGAUGGUAUUCUAUAUUUUCUUGAA